AUGAUCGGUGGUGAAGCGUCAGAAGUUCGUUCUUAUUUACAAAUUUCGUACCCAAUGGAAAAUGGUAUUAUUAAGAACUGGACUGACAUGGAAUUACUUUGGGAUUAUGCAUUUUAUGAGCAAAUGAAGUUACCAGAUACUUCUAAUGGUAAAAUUUUAUUAACCGAACCACCAAUGAACCCUAUCAAAAAUAGAGAAAAGAUGUGCGAAGUUAUGUUCGAAAAAUACAAUUUUGGCGGUGUCUAUGUUGCUAUUCAAGCUGUGUUGGCACUGUACGCCCAGGGUCUUUCAUCCGGUGUUGUUGUUGAUUCUGGUGAUGGUGUCACUCACAUUGUGCCUGUUUAUGAAUCUGUAGUGUUGAAUCAUUUGACAAGAAGAUUAGACGUUGCUGGUAGGGAUGUUACAAGAAACUUAAUCGAUUUAUUAUCACGCCGUGGUUAUGCAUUUAAUAGAACAGCAGAUUUCGAAACUGUUCGUCAAAUAAAAGAAAAAUUAUGUUAUGUCUCGUAUGAUUUAGAUUUAGACACCAAAUUGGCAAGAGAAACAACUACUCUGGUAGAAAGCUACGAAUUACCCGAUGGAAGAGUUAUUAAAGUUGGUUCGGAAAGAUUCGAGGCCCCAGAAUGUUUGUUUCAGCCAAAUCUUGUGGAUGUUGAACAAGCUGGCGUUGGUGAACUUCUUUUCAACACUAUACAAUCAGCUGAUGUUGAUAUUAGAAGCACUUUAUUCAAAGCUAUUGUUUUGUCCGGUGGUUCGAGUAUGUAUCCUGGUCUUCCUUCUAGAUUAGAAAAAGAAUUAAAACAACUAUGGUUCACAAGAGUAUUACAUAAUGACCCAACUAGAUUAGAUAAGUUUAAGGUUAGAAUUGAAGACCCUCCAAGAAGAAAGCAUAUGGUUUUUAUCGGUGGUGCUGUUCUAGCUAAUAUCAUGGCUGAUAAAGACCAUAUGUGGUUAUCAAAGCAAGAAUGGGAAGAAAGUGGGCCUGCUGCGAUGGCUAAAUUCGGUCCUAGAUAG